GGGUCCUAAAAUCCAUUACAUAUCCACCUUGAAGUCCACUGCUGCUGCACUACAACACCGUCAUCAGCGGAUCAAUCACAUCUCUCCGGCGCCUCUUAUAAACUCUCAGCCGUCCACUUACAUCACCUAGAAUCGUCCUUUUUCAUCCGUCCAUCUGCUUUCCGUCCAGUGACAUCUCUUCGUUCGCCUCAACCUCUUGAUUCAACAUCGUGACAACGACAACCCAAGAGAGUAUCAUCAUCAAAGAAACAAUGUCGGGAACCAAGUACACACCUGCUCCGCAGGAGGACCCCGAUGUCCACCUCGACUACGCGCAGCCUCCUCCGUCGUACCAAGCAACAGCCGAGAGCAGCACCGCCAACGCCGUCCUCGGUGAUCAGGCUCGCCUUUUCUCUGGUGCUCCACGCAGCAGCCAGGACAAUGAUCAUGAUAUUCCCGAUGAUUUCAAGUUCGGUGGUUCCGUCGCCGAAGCCACGGUCGAAAUCCGUCACCAGUUCAUCCGCAAGGUCUACACCAUCCUGACGGUCCAGCUCAUCGCCACGGGCGCCGUGAGUGCGCUCAGCUUCCUCAGCGAUGGCUACAAGAACUGGAUCCAGUCUCAUCCGGCCAUGAUUUGGGUUUCUUUCGCCGGCGCCCUCGUCUUCAUGCUCCUAACCUUCUGGAAGCGGCAAUCCUACCCCACCAACCUCCUCUUCCUCUCCGGCUUCACCCUAAUGGAAGCCUACUCCAUUUCCGUGUGCGUCUCCUUCUUCGACAGCGCCACCGUCAUGCUAGCAGUCGUCAUCACGGCGGGCAUCUUCGUCUUCCUCACAGCCUUCGCCUGCCAAACCAAGUACGACUUCACUUCCUGGAUGCCGUACCUAGGCGGCGCUCUGUGGGGUUUGAUUCUCACGGGCUUUGUCUACGCCUUUUUGCCGCACACGAGCACCUCGGAGCUGGUGUAUGGCGGUAUCGCGGCGCUGGUUUUUUCGGGGUAUAUUCUGGUUGAUACCCAGCUGGUGAUGCGCAAGUACCAUGUGGAGGAGGAGAUUGCGGCGGCGAUUAGUUUGUAUUUGGAUAUUCUGAAUUUGUUCUUGGCUAUUUUGAGGAUUCUGAAUAGCCAGUCGGAUAACUAGGAAGAAGACGGGGACGACGAUGAUAGUACGGAUUGACGGAAUGGAUUUGUAACAGUGCUGUGCUAGUGGGCAGGGUCGUGGAUGGGUAAUGGGAAAUGGGAAAUGGGAAAUAACAUGCGUGGGAUAGGGCUCUUGGAUUUGGGUUUCGUUGCUCAAGUUGUUUCUUGAAAUUGUUAUUUCACCUGGCAAUGCGAAUUUGCAACUGGAUGGGUAAAUGUCAUCAAGGCUAGUGUUGGUCCAAAAGGCCAACACAUAAUGGUGAUGGAAAGGUCUUCCUCAUAUGUCGACUAGGAACUAUCAAAACACAGCGUUUCCGACCUAUCGAUAUAAUACCACUCUCUCAAUAUAGCUUACCUGAGCGG